AUGUCAUCCCAGCCUCACACGUCCCAUGCCAAUGGAUCGGACACUCCACCAAUUCGUAACAGAAAGCAGCCCAACUGUGCAGGGAUGGUUUCCCCUUCUCCAGACUCCCGUUGGCAAAUCCGCUUCAGUGUUGAACCAACCGAACAAACCAAGAAAAAGCGCAAGGCGCCAUCUGCUACUGAUCCUGCCAAAGAAUUGGAAGACAAAUCCGAUGUGAGUGUUUCUAUUAGCAAGAAGAAGUCUGGCUCUUCCCAAGCUACCGCUAGACGCAAGAAGAAGAAGAUUGCCAAGGGCUCAGAAGAAGCUGAUUCCAAUGUGGAAUUUGUGAGCAAGAAACCACUAAAGAGGCAAAAGAAAGAUAAUCCGGACAGCGACCUAGGUAGACUGAGGGCUUACUACAAUGACCCAAUAUACAAACGAGGAGAUGUAAGAUUCAUAGUUUAA